AUGGCAUGCCAGUCGGGGUCGUGGGGUGCAAUGAGGGCCCCGCUGCAGCGGCUGAACACUGGCAUAGCAGGAUGCGAACUGGGAGUCAUGGAAGAUGAACACACACACACACUACAUUUUCUCCUGCAUGGACAGCACCACAAGUCUCCGUUUGACGGCUCUCGGCUGGUCUUCCCCCCUGGCCUGGCUUCCUUAGUAGUGGGAAGUUUCUAUGCAAUUCUCCGCAACACGCUCCCAGAGAUCCUUGGGAUAUCUGUGUUUGUCGGAGGACUGUGCGGCUACGUCGUGUACGAUAUGAUCCAUUACUACCUUCACUACGGCUCGCCAAAGAGAGGGUCGUAUAUGUAUAGUCUUAAGGCCUACCAUGUCAAACACCACUUUGAACACCAAAGAGCAGGUUUUGGAAUCACCUCCACGUUCUGGGACCACCCCUUUAACACACUAAUCCCUGAUGAGAAAUUCUAACAUAGAAACGGCUCUCCUGAAGGGCCACAGGGCUUGUCACCACCUUCUUUAGAAAUCAGCCCACGUGCUUUAACAACUGUAACACCAUUAGUUCAGUCUCUGCAGCCAUAAUUUCAACAACCAAGGAGGAAGAUCCACUUCUGAAGACUCCUACAAAUGAAUUGCAACGAAUCGAUCUAUGUACACUAUAACACAUAUCGGCCUCCUUUUUGAUUUCAGCCAUCAGCACAUUAUUUUCUUCUCCUCUGUCAACCGUGUGCGUGUCAACCAUUCUGCACUAUUUCCUAACUACAAUGAUUUCUGCACAGUUGUGAGGCCUUUCUGUGACACUUUUAUAACUAAACCAACAGGAAAAUAUGAACUCUCAAUGCACUGACCUCACCAGCCACGUUGUCACCUGAUCACCAGUCACAACGCUAUAAUAUUCAGCAAAGAUGUGGGCCAUAGAGAGAAAGAGAGAGAGAGAGACACACACACACACACACACACACACACACACACACACACACACACACACACACA